AUGGAUCGAGUAACAACAAAAACAAUGUUAGUAGCAGUCUUCACCAAAUCCUGGGAGCCCGAAGUCCGGGACCUGGUACUUUCCUUGUUUUGUGUCAUCGCAACAAGUGAAACAGCUUCUCUUGGAGAAUUUUGUAAUGGCACCAUCACCUGUGACUAUACUGGAGGACUAUGUAAUGCAUCAAAGUGUGGGUGUAAUGCAGGAUAUGGGGAAUAUAAUGGAGAGUGCAAAUCAAGUUUUAUAGCAGUGUCCUUAACAGGACCAGUCAACAGUGUCAUGUAUGGGUCAUCCACAAGUCUCACGGCAAAUAUCACAACAAGUGUAGAUGUGACUGCAGUAGUUUGGCAGAAGGUCGUGUCUGGUGGAAGUCUCUCAAACAUAACCUUAGACUCUACAAAGUACACACAGACAGGUGACCUGGGGUCUGGUACAAUAGUACUUACCAUCAACAACCUCGAUUACAGUGAUAAAGCCAUAUACCAGGUCCAAGUUACUAACAACUUAGGGAGGACUGAUUCCAGUAACCAGGUGGUAGUGGACGUGGCUGGAGGUCCACCCAGCGCCAAUGUAUCAGGACCUACCUUUGGAUCUCCUCCCUCUGAUGUGGAAGUCACAGGUACCACAUCCGUAGUUCAUAAUUCCACCGCAACAUUCAAUGGUUCCUACACCUCAGUGCUGCCAUCUGUGACCAUCACAUGGCAGAAACAAGGGACGAAUAAUAACUAUGAGGACAUUAACAUUAGUUCAUCAGAUGGUAAAUACUCUGGAAGUACUGAUACUGGACUCAGCCCUAAACUCGUGAUCAACUAUGUAAAAUUUACUGACAAGACAUCGUAUAGGAUGGUGGUUAAUAAUAGUGUGGGAUUCACCAACAGUGAACCAGCUGCACUGGAUGUAACUGGAGGUGUCUUGACUGUUACCACGGGCCCGAAAGUCGCAGGUAGAUAUAGAGGAAGUGUAACCAUUACUUGUACUGUAGAAGGUCCAGAGGUAAACAAAAUACUGUGGAAAAAAUACAGAGAUAAUACUCAUCUUCAAAACAUCACCAUAAAUGGCUCAAAGUACACAGGAGGAACAGUAUCAAUUCCAUCUCUAACAAUAAACAGCUUGACUGAUGAUGAUAUGGGACAGUAUCAGUGUACAGCUAGUAAUCCUGGAGGAACUUAUCUCAGUAAUAAUAAAGCCACAGUCAACAUACUCGAUCCACUUCCACCUAGUUCUAUUUUAUACAGUGAAAGUUCUUUUGCUCACAACAACCUCACCUUGAAGUGGACUCCUCCAUCCAAUACCUUCGUUACCAGAUAUGAAGUGAUGAUUGACAGCACAAUACAGUUUACUGCAGAUAGUAAUCCAAGGAUUCAUAUUACAAUGAAAUCAUUAACUCCUGGGAAAUACUAUGUUGUCAGUAUCGUGACAAUCAGUGGUACAUCAGGUGAAUCAACUGGUGAAAAGAGGAGUACAGCAUACACAGAGACAAUCAGAAUUACCCCAACAAAACCGGGUUCACCAAUUAAUCUAAGCUGUCCACAACAUCCAAAGGACAUCUCUUUAGAAAUAUCUUGGGAGCCUCCCAUCAACCCUAAUGGACAGAUUGUGAUGUACCAGGUUCACGUAAAUCCAGGAAAUCCCGGAGAACGCAUCAUUAACACUACAAACAAUGUGACCAAUUACAAUGUCAUGGGCUUAAUUCCAGAGAAAAAUAAUAAUUUCACUGUGCGGACAAUCAACGAUGCAGAGGAAACAGAAAAAGUUAGUGAACCAAGUGAGACUAUCAACUGUUCAACAAAGGCUGGAGUAUCUGGCCCUCCAACUUAUCUAAGUGUAAAUGAAAUUGGUAGCAGAGGGUUCAAAAUUAGAUUUGAUACACCUGAAAAUGUUAAGGAUCAAUUAGCUGGAUACAGAAUCGUUAUCAUGGAAGGAUCCGCCUGUGUACAAGAGAUCUUUCUUGUAGGAAACUGUCCACAAUGUAAGGAUAUAGUUGACUGUACAAACCCCCAGUUCAUCCAAAAACCAGAUAUAUAUCAGCCUAUGGUACACCAAGUAACAGAACUAAAACCUUACACCCACUAUAUUGUGAAAGUGGCCGCAGUAAACAGAAAUGGUGAAGGACGCUUUAAUAAUGCAACAGCAAAGACUGGAGAAGAAACUCCACAAAAACCUGGAAGUAUCAGAGCAACUCAUAUGGAGGCAAAGACUCUUACAUUGUCUUGGGAUGUAGCAGGUCCCUCACCUGGCAAUACAACGUACACUAUAGAAGUGUAUGAAGGGACCGAUGAUACUGGAGCAAAUUUUAUCCUGAAACAACCAAAACGGUACACAUACGGUUUUCAUCAGAAGUCUUUGUCCAUAGCUGAUCUAGAGGAAUACUGGUCAUACAAGUUCAAAGUUAUUGCUGCUACAAUUAAAGGGAUUAAUGGAUCAGAUUUAUCAGAUAUUGUCAGAACAAAACAAGCAGCACCAGGACAAGUGGCAAACUUGACUGUCAAUAUUAAAGAAGGGAACUACAGAGUGGCAUACGCAUAUUGGAACAUUCCAUCAUUGAGGGAACGCAAUGGUGUCUUAGAAAACUAUCAUUUCAAAAUCACUAAUAAAAGGACAGAGAUAUUAACUGGAACAAUACCAGUCUCCUUCUCAAUACAACGUGUUGAACAAAAUUUUACAGUUGAACCAGAGAAAAAAUAUACUGUAACGGUGUUUGUCACAAAUAAUGAGAGUAUGGCAGGUCAGGAUGCUCAACUUACCUAUACAAUACCUUCUGGCCGUCCUCCAAUAGACAACAACAUAGAAUUGAUAAGUACUAUGCCAGGUCUACACAAGUCUUCACAGCAAACCAUCACAGUAGAACUUAACACAGAUUUCUUUAGAAAUGAUUUAAACGGAAUACUAGUUCUAUUUGGAAUAACUGUGUGUGAAAAAUCUAAAUGUAAAAAUCACGGAUCAUUAAGUGUAAAAGAAAAUUGGGAAAGGCUACCAAACUGGCAUGAUGCCAGUAAAACUGGAUUUCCAUUAUAAAGAGUCACAAAUCAAACGUACAUGGACGAAAUCAGGAAUGGAGGAUCCAGAAGAAAAAGAUCAACAUCAUCUGAAUUUACCAUUGGUGAAGAUCCAGCAUGUUCCUCAAUGAGUUCCAAUGUAUACUGUAAUGGACCUCUUAAUUCUGGACAAUCAUACAGGGUGAUUUUAUUUGCCUGUACAAAUGGAGGAUGCUCACACUCAGUCCAAUAUGGUCCAUAUUCAACAGUUAAAAUACCAGAUGAGGAUGAAUUCCCCGUUGGAGCUGUUGUAGGAGGGGUGGUAGCCGCUGUCACUGUAGUAUUGGUCAUCAUUAUAGCCAUGGUGGUCGUUAAACGACGCAGGU